CUGGGUGGAGAUGCGGACCAAGAUGCGCAUCAUGGGCUUCAACGCGGAAGCCGUGAAGCCGCUGAACGAGGGGGCGGCGGCCGAGCUGGGCGCCGAGCUGCUGGGCGAGGCCACCAUCUUCGCCACGGCGGGCUGCUGCCUGGUGCUCGAGUACUGGCGCCAGCAGACGCAGCGGCGCCGCCAGGACUCGGAGCGGCUGGCGGCCUGGGAGGCGCUGCGGGUGGAGGUGGGCCGCCUGGGGCUGGCGCUGGAGGCGCUGCAGGCGCAGGCGCGGGAGGCGGCGCCGCGGGCCGCGCUGGACGAGCUGAGGGCGGAGCUACAGGCGGAGCUGCGGACCGCGCUGGCGCCACUGCAGGCCGAGCUCCGCGACGUGCGAAACCGGGCCUUUCCCGGGCCGCCGCCGCCGCCGCCGCAGCCGGGGGAGCGCGACGACUGA